CUCCCCCCGGAUCUCAAGUCCGGCACUUCCGGUGAGCCUCCCAGGACUUCCAAACUGAGGCGGCAGCGGCAGCGGCUGUGAGGGGUGCAAGUUGGCCGCUCCUGGUCUUAACGUUUUCUGGACCUAGCGGCAUCCGCGAGUCAGAGGCGCCAUCAUGUUCUCUUUCAACAUGUUUGACCACCCAAUUCCCCGGGUCUUCCAGAACCGGUUCUCCACGCAGUAUCGCUGCUUCUCCGUGUCCAUGCUUGCAGGGCCUAAUGACAGGUCAGAUGUGGAGAAAGGCGGGAAGAUAAUUAUGCCACCCUCAGCCCUCGAUCAACUCAGCCGACUCAACAUUACUUACCCCAUGCUGUUCAAACUGACCAACAAGAACUCGGACCGCAUGACGCACUGCGGUGUGCUGGAAUUUGUCGCUGACGAGGGUAUCUGCUACCUGCCACACUGGAUGAUGCAGAAUUUGCUGUUGGAAGAAGGGGGCCUGGUUCAGGUGGAAAGUGUCAACCUUCAAGUGGCCACUUACUCCAAGUUUCAGCCCCAGAGUCCUGACUUCCUAGACAUCACCAACCCUAAAGCAGUAUUAGAAAACGCAUUGAGAAACUUUGCCUGUCUGACCACUGGGGAUGUGAUUGCCAUCAACUACAAUGAGAAGAUCUAUGAACUACGGGUGAUGGAGACCAAGCCUGACAAGGCCGUGUCCAUCAUCGAGUGUGACAUGAAUGUGGAUUUUGAUGCUCCACUGGGCUACAAAGAACCCGAAAGACAAGUCCAGCAUGAGGAAUCAACUGAAGGAGAAGCUGACCAUAGCGGCUAUGCCGGAGAGCUGGGCUUCCGAGCCUUCUCCGGCUCCGGGAAUAGACUGGAUGGGAAGAAAAAAGGUGUAGAGCCCAGCCCCUCCCCAAUCAAGCCUGGAGACAUUAAAAGAGGAAUUCCCAAUUAUGAAUUUAAACUUGGUAAAAUCACUUUCAUCAGAAAUUCACGUCCACUAAUCAAAAAGGUCGAAGAGGAUGAAGCUGGAGGCAGAUUCGUCGCUUUCUCUGGAGAAGGGCAGUCAUUGCGUAAAAAGGGAAGAAAGCCAUAAGUUGGGACUGUUAGCUGAUUGGAAAAUAAAAUAACCAAUUGCAGCAUAA